AUGUUAAUAUAAAUAAUUUUGUUAAGUGUGGCAUAAGCAUAGUUAGGUUAUGUAAAGGAGGUGAUGAAUUAAUUAGCUGAUCAAGAAUGCAGUUUGAAAAAUAGAAUUGUUUAUGGAUAGUAGAAGCUUCAUCACUUAUCAGGAAUAUAUUUUUGUGAUUCUUAUGCUAAAAGAACAUGUUGUAGUCAAUAAAAUUUAGAAGAAUUAAAAUACAAGUAUUCUUGAUAAUAGUAUUAAUUUUAGAUGGUAUAGAGAAUAGUAAUAAGCAGUUGAACUUAGUCCAUAAUGUUAGGAGAUAUUUACAAAAACUAUUUGUUCUGAUUGUGAUGGUGAUAUAGGAUAGUAAGUUAGAGUUGGAUUCUGUCCUCACUUUUGUAAUCAAAUGUAUUAAGCAUGUUCGAUGGAUUUAUUUUAAUAUGAAGAAAAAACAUAGAAAUUAAGACUUUGUUAUUAAGUAAGAACAUUUAUAAUUCUAGAAUGACGUGUUAUGUUCUGAACUUAGAAACAUUGUGACUAAUGGAGAUUAAUUCUGUACAUCAUUAGGAUAUAAAGUGAAUUCCUAUUCUAAUAGAGAUGAAUGGAUGGAAAAUAAGUAUUUGAAUCUAUCUACAACUCCAUUAUGUUGGGAUGGAACACCAUCUCAUAGAAUUUGGGGCAAUGAAGCUAAAUUACCAGAAACUAAAGUUAAUGUAAAGAAUAAGAAGCAUAAUUUUAAAGAUGAAUAAUAACAAUCUUAUUUAGGGUUAUACAUAUUUGCUGCUAUUGUUUUAGUGGGUGCAUACUUUAUUUCCAAAGUAUUAUUAAAAAAAUGAUUAAUGUAUGUAUGU